CCAUCUUGUAGAAUAGGAACGAAGCUUGAAGUUGGGAUGUAAACAUACUUUCAUACUGUCAGUUGACUUUGGUUUGGUAUUUCCAUCUGUUUUUAAAAUUUAAACGGAAUUACGAAUCACAAAUUUAUCGUAAAAUAUAUUAUUUUAAACUUAUAUUAGUAAUAUAAUAUUACAUCAAUGGAAACCGUUCCAAAAGACUUACGAGGACUAAGAGCGUGUUUGGUCUGUUCUUUGGUUAAGACGUUCGAUCAAUUCGAAUUUGACGGUUGCGACAAUUGUGAUGAAUUUUUACGAAUGAAAAAUAACAAGGACAACGUUUUUGACUGUACAAGUUCUAAUUUCGAUGGUAUGAUUGCUGCAAUGAGUCCAGAGGACAGUUGGGUUUGCAAGUGGCAAAGAAUAAAUCGAUUUUGCAAGGGUGUAUAUGCAAUAUCAGUAUCGGGACGAUUGCCAGCAGGUGUUAUAAGAGAGAUGAAAAGCAGAGGAAUAGUAUAUAGACCCCGCGAUACGAGUCAACGAUAAUUUUGAACUUGUAAAUGUAAGAUCACUACUAUAUUUUAUUGUAAUAUUAUAUAAUAGAAUAAUAUUUUAAUUUUAAUCUUGCUUCGAAAUUCACUAUGAAUUUAAUAAGAUCUUCUCGAAAAUAUUAACUCGAUUUGAUUGAUAUGAACUUUUGUUCAGGUUUAUGUGUUCAACCCUUUUCUGACUAUACUUAGGACUCUGUAAGACGUUUCCAAGACUUUUCUAUUCAAAUGGACUAUUAAUAUAUGUAUAUUAUAAUAUAUCCCUCUAGCCUUUUUUCACUGUCUGUACAAUAAUAUUUUUAAUAGACUAGUCUGUAAGAUCUUGAAAAUGUUCAGAUUUUGAGUAUAUGUACAAUUCGCAUUGAAUCCAUUUCUUUCUAAUGUUAAUCUGCCCCUAUUCUCUACGAAUCCUUCGUGUAAUAAGUUGCUGCGUGUAAUUUAAAAUUUUCUGAACAUAAGCUCUUUUUGUUUUUAUGCGAAUUAGUAUCAAAUAUGAUUAUUACCUAAACAUAUGUUCGAGUGAGAAUAGAAAGACGGAUGCCGCAUAACCGGCAAAUGACUGUUUACGCAAUUAAGCCAUAAAUUUGCGCAAGUUACGUGAUAAUUAUUCUCAUUAUACACUACCCUGUCACUAGUUAUAACUGUUAAGCAAAGAGAACAACAAAUUGCCUCUCCUUGAUGCAAAGGCCAAGCUGGUAAUUCUGUAACAAUCUGUAAAUUUUUAUGCACAGGCAUGAAAAACAUUAUUCGUCAAUUU